AUGCCCAAAGACGAAGAGGGGCGGGAUACAGAAAGCUUACAAGAAGAACAAGGAAAUCAGGAUGGAAGCAAUAAUCAAAAUAACGCCGCUGGGAAACCUUGUUCUCGAAAACUGGGCUUGCACUCUCAACCUAAUAACUGUAGAGAUAAUAAGGAAUUACACGCUAAGAACACAGUCUCUAUACGAAGAAAUAUUAAGAAGGUUAGAACCCUCAUUCCUGAAGACAUCACUACUAAUGAAGCCUUAAUCCAAGCAGUAAAUACUUUACCCUCCAAUUACAACUUUGAAAUCUUUAAAUCUAUAUGGAGACUUCGAAAGUGUAACUCUAAGCGAGUGGCACUUCAGUUCCCUGAGGGACUACUUAUGUAUGCCUGCACCAUCGCUGACAUCCUUGAACAAUUUACUCCUGUAGAAGUUGUUGUGAUGGGCGACGUUGUUUAUGGUGCGUGCUGCGUGGAUGACUAUUCUGCGAGGGCUAUGGGAUGUGACUUUUUAAUUCAUUACGGUCACAGCUGCCUUGUCCCGAUCGACACGGCCCGGUUGAACAUGCUCUAUGUGUUUGUCAGUAUAGAUAUUGAUGUUAAACACUUUAUUGAAACUCUUCAAUUCAACUUUAAACCAAACACAAAACUUGCGUUAGUGAGUACUGUGCAGUUUGCGGCCGCCCUUCAGGCCGCCUCUGAGGUCCUGAGCGAGACUUUUGAUCUAUCCCUUCCUCAAGUAAAACCACUUUCUCCUGGGGAGAUAUUAGGCUGCACAUCCCCACGGUUGUCCACUUGCGAAGCCAUCGUUUACCUUGGAGACGGACGUUUUCAUUUGGAAUCUAUUAUGAUACACAAUCCAGAAAUUACAGCUUACAGAUACGACCCAUACUGUAAAAUAUUUAGUGUGGAAGGCUACGAUAUCGAAGCAAUGAAGAGCUGUAGAGAAAAGGCAAUUAGCACGGCACGUGGGGCUUCCAGUUUUGGCCUCAUAAUGGGAACGUUGGGACAUCAGGGCAGCAUUCUUGUGCUAAAGGAACUGAAGAAGCAAAUUGAAGCCGCUGGAAAGACUUGUGUUGUUGUUCUCUUGAGUGAAAUAACGCCGGAGAAGUUAAAAAUGUUCAGCGACAUUAAAGCGUGGGUGCAGAUCGCUUGUCCACGACUCUCCAUUGACUGGGGAUACGCCUUCGAUAAGCCCAUCUUGACGCCUUACGAGCUCUCCGUGGCUCUCGCUCGUUCUCCGUGGCGCUCGGUCUACCCUAUGGACUACUACGCUAACGACUCCUUGGGCCCUUGGACGCCUAAUCACACCAAUUCAGAGAGGCGGGGAAUAUGUUUUUCCAGUAAUCAAGGCUGAAUAUUAUAAUAGAAUGAUUGCUGACGAUCACAGUAUUACUUUUCACUGUAGCGAGCUUUUAAGUUAAUGAGGUCCUGCACCAGUUGAUUCACUUUUUCAAUAAUAAGUUCCUUUUCGUCCUCUUUGAACAUUUUAAGCAGAU